GCCGGGCGAGGCGUGGCGUAGCGCCGGGGCGGACGCGGGGCCUCUUCGCUGGCGGAGCGCGCGCGGGGAGCCUGCCGGAGCCAUGGGGGCGGUCUUCAGCACCUUGGGAAAUCUUGUCCUGUGUCCAGUAUACUUUGUGAUCAAUUUGAUCAAGCGACUUUUCUCUAAAUCUCAGCCUCCUAUCACAUUGGAAAAUCCAGAUGUAAAAUAUGCAUUAAGGCUGAUCGACAAAGAGCACGUUAGUCAUGACACCAGAAGAUUUCGCUUUGCCCUGCCAAGCCCAGAACAUAUUUUGGGACUUCCUGUUGGACAACACAUUUACCUCUCGGCAAGGAUUGAUGGGAAUUUGGUGAUCAGACCUUAUACACCUGUCAGCAGUGAUGAUGACAAAGGUUACGUGGACCUUGUUGUGAAGAUCUAUUUCAGAGGAGUUCACCCCAAAUUUCCCGAAGGAGGGAAAAUGUCCCAAUACCUAGAGAACCUAAAGAUGGAGGAUACCAUUGAUUUUCGUGGACCCAGUGGAUUGCUUGUGUAUAAGGGAAAAGGUGUGUUUGCUAUUCGUCCAGACAAGAAAGGUGAACCCGUUAUUAAACACGUGAAAUACGUUGGGAUGAUUGCAGGUGGAACAGGAAUUACUCCGAUGUUACAGCUCAUUCGAGCGAUUGUGAAGGACAAGGAUGACCCCACAGUUUGCCAUUUACUCUUUGCUAACCAGACUGAAAAUGAUAUCUUACUGCGCCCAGAACUUGAGGAAGUUCAAGCUCAACACUCAGCUAAGUUUAAGCUGUGGUACACGUUGGACAGAGCUCCUGAAAAAUGGGAUUACAGCCAAGGAUUCGUUAACCAAGACAUGCUCAAGGACCAUAUGCCUCCACCUCAAGAUGAUGUUCUCAUUCUGAUGUGCGGUCCACCUCCCAUGAUUCAGUACGCCUGCAUUCCCAACCUGGAUAAGUUGGGUUACACCAGGGAGAUGUGGUUUGCCUACUAACUGGGAGUCAGAUGAAGUAGAAGGUGGAAGUAGGGGGAAGAGUGGAAAACAGCCUUUGGGAAUAACAGGCAACAGAAACUAAUGAUAGGUUGAGUAAACAAGAGGUGGAAGCUGCACUCAGAGGAAUUCCAACUUGUGCACUCUUGGUGUCUGUCUAAUCCUGCCAAGCUGAAGCCUCAGGUAGACUGAUAACUGUGUUGUGUAUCAUACUCUCUGCUUUGCUCUGUGUAUCAAAUCUGUAAUAAGGCAAUUGAGUGAGGUUUGGCUCUUUCAUCAUGGAUAAGCAAAUAUAGCUGGGCACUCACACCACCAAAGAGUUUCUUAUGUACAGCAUCUCUGUGGUGGCAUCCAGGUGAUAAGCAGGGAGAGGUGAAGGUGGUGGUUUCACUCUGCCUGCAGUUUCUGCAUCAAAGCUUUAAAUGCACACCUGUAGCACGAACAUGCUCACGUUUGCAUUCAUUUGCAGAGGGGGGGAAUUGCUUUACAUGCCUAUAUAUAGAAACAUACUCAUCCAGAAAGCACAGAACUGAUUGGCUGCAUCAUUCCCAAUCCAAACUGUAGACAUGGAAGAGUGAUGCCCUAUCUUGAGAUUCCAAGUCUUAAUAGGGGCAAUCCCAUAGGAUAGAAGUGAGGUGCAUCUUUUUUUUUUUUUUUGCAUCUUUUCUUCCUUCAGGCCCUUGUCUGGGGACAGACUUUAAAGCUGGGCUUUGUGAAAGGUGGAAUAAGGGGAAUAUGGGGAAGAUUAGGAUUCCCAGAACCUACUGUUAGAAAAAAAAGACUGCACUAAACCCAUCUUCCAGAAAAUUUCCAUUUAAAAAAGAAAGGAAAUGUAAAUUUUGAUUCGGAGGUGUUAAAGGUGACAAAUGGGAUGAGACGUCUGUUGGUGAAUGAGAACAGUGCUUCUAUUUUCUUUUAAAUGUAGUAAAUGGUAUCUCUCCAAAAUAAUUUCUUUGUCUUAAUUCCCACCUCAUCUUUCUGUUGCAUUAGCCUUCAGUGGUUCCAUUUUAAUUAGCUAAACAUAUACCCAUGCUUAUAUACAUAAACAUAUUGGUAGCUGAAUCACAAAACAUCAUGUCCAUUUUUAGUUUAGGUAGAAAAAUCAGAAUUCUUGAUGUAAAAUAACUGCUCCAUCAAAUAAUUUUUGGGAAAGCGCCUUAUAAAGGGAAUGCCAGCUGCAUUGAAGUGAGGGAAUAGUGUUUCUCAUCCCCCCAAUUGGCCAGUUUUUCUUUUUUUCCAGACUUAUUUUAAUAUGAUUAGCUGCUGCUAAGUUAAUUCCCCCAGAAAUAAAAAGGUUUGUAAAGAUUAGGUGCUUUAUGUAUCAGAGCCUGAACAGAAGAACUUGGAAGUUCUGUUUCUGCCCUCUUGGCCAAGAAUGCCAGUUUCUUCUGUUGUUGUUU